CUUAAGCUGCAAGCUUGAUAUUGAAGAGAGUAUAGACCGAAAUAUGAAGCCAUUGUUAACCUGAAAGAAAUAGUACCUACCAUGCAGCUUAAACUUCAAUGUGAUUGGUAUGCAAGUGUAAAGUGUUAAUUGCAACAAGUUAGCAAAUGUUUCACACAAGGCCAUAACUAACAGUGUGUCAUCAAAAAGGCCCAGCCAUGGCCUCAAUAGAUUGGGCGGCGGAGAUGGAGGAGUUUGACGCCCACGGGGAGGAGCCCGUGCCACCCGAGCUGGACAUCACCGACAUCCCCCUGGUGGAGCCGUUCGCCGUGAUCGUCUCCAACGUGCCGCCGGCCGCCGAGCCCGCCGCCCUGGCGCACGCCUUCCGCGGACUCGAGAUCAAGGAGCUGGAGCUGGAGAGGGGGCCGGACGGUCGGGCGGCCGGCCGCGGCUAUGUCGAGUUCACCACCCGCGAGAUCCUCAUCGAGGCUCUGCAGAUCAAGGAACUGGAGCUGGACGGUACGAAGCUGCAGAUGGAGCUGAAGCGGGCGCCGCCGCCGGAGCCCGAGCGGCCGCCCUCGGCAGACGAGCAUCGCGGCGGUUACGACUCCCGCGAGCCGCCCGGUGACGUUCGCGGAGGGAACUUCGGUCCCCGUGAGCCGCCCCGCGACAUCCGCGAGGGCAACUUCGGGCCGCCGUCGCGCCACGAGCCGGGGCCCUACGGAGGUCGCUCCUCCGAUCGCCAUGACGGCCCGUCCGGCCGCGGCAUGGACAGGGGACCCCGAAGAGACGGCCCACCAGGGUACCACGGUUACGACCGGGACGACCACCGGGGCCCGCCCAGGGGAGGCGGGCCCGGUGGUUACGACAGGGGUGGCCCUGGUGGUUACGAUAGGGGUGGGCCGGGUGGUUACGAUAGAGCUGGGCCGGGAGGCUACGACAGGGGUGGGCCGGGCGGUUACGAUAGGGGUGGACCGGGAGGUUACGAUAGGGGCGGACCGGGAGGUUACGAUAGAGGGGGUUCACGAGGAGGCCCUGGGGGCUAUGAUCGUGGAGGUCCCGGCGGGUAUGACAGGGGCCGUGGCGGCUAUGAUAGGGGCGGUCCUGGCGGUUACGAUAGGGGAGGCCCCGGCGGUUACGACAGAGGCCCUGGAGGUUACGACAGGGGAGGCCCCGGUGGUUACGAUAGGGGAGGCCCCGGCGGUUACGAUAGGGGAGGUCCUGGCGGCUAUGAUCGGGGUGGUCCUGGAGGGUAUGAUCGGGGUGGUCCUGGAGGGUAUGAUAGGGGCGGCCCCGGUGGCUUCGAUCGGGGCCCGGGCGGUCGCUUCAGCGGCGCACCCCGGCCGGACGACAGGCACGGCCCCGGCCCGGACCGACCCAACUCGGCGGUGCAGCGGCUGCCCGACGGCCGGCCGCGGCUCAACCUGAAGCCGCGCUCGGUGCCGGCAGCAGAGAUCGGCAAGCCGGCGCCGGCGGCCGCCAACAGCAGCAUCUUCGGCGGCGCCCGGCCCGUCGACACGGCCGCCAGGGAGCGCGAGAUCGAGGAGCGACUGCGGCGCGGCGAGCGCGGCGGCCGGCCGCGCGACCGGCUCAGCCCGCAGCGGCGGCCGCCC